AUGUCCAUGUAUAACCGAAACAACCCAUACGGCGCCGUGGACAUGAGGAGGAUACAGUCGUCAAGCGGCGACGACCGUGCGUCGUAUGCUGCCUUGUCGGCGCCUCAGUCAGUAUCUACCAUGAGUCACAAUUCACCAGCAACUCCUCAAACCAACUACGAGAAUGAGUACGAUGACUCGAAGCAUGUUUACGGUGAGAUUGACACUAGCGACGAUGAGUUGGCCGAGUACUUACAGUAUGAUUUAGGCUACACUCCCACCGCCGCAUACCAGCAGUCUCUACAGGACGUAUUUCCUGACCAGCAAUUUACGUACCAGGCACAGCCCAUGCCACGCAUGGCGCCUGACCACAGGCAGACAACUAUGGCUGGUCGGUUACAAGCGGCGCAACAAGAUCACAUGAGUUCGCCAACGUCCAAUCCUCGCGGACAGUCACCUUUCAGGCAGAACAGUCCGUACAACAUGCCUCGACAGCCGCAACAGCCGCCUACGUUACAGAAAACGCGUACCUCAAUCUCACCAAAGGAAUUAAUGUUGGACGAGCACGAUAUCGAUGACAACGCCACGCCACUCUUCUCGAAUCAGUCGCAACAGAUGUUCGCUGGUCGCAGAAACCCAUCGAAUCUCUCUAACUACUAUACGCCUAGCUUCCAUGCUGAGCCAACGGUACAAAUCCCUCAACAGUAUCCCUUCAUUAGCCAAGCACAAGGCAGCACUCAGUCCGACCUUCCGGAUUCGACCCCGGACUUCCCGGCGCACCUGAUCUCUAUGGAGUCUACCAACGAGGAAGGACCAUCUAUGCCAUCCAGCCAGCAAUCAGGAGGCGAUAUCAGGACACAGCCUCAACCCACGCCACAAACGGCUCAGCGACCCAUGGACACGUCAUCCGAUUCUGGAACCUACUCGUGUACGUACCACGGAUGUGCUCAACGAUUUGAGUCACCUGCCAAGCUUCAAAAGCAUAAGAGAGAGGGUCACCGACAAGUUUCACCCCAAAGUGGUAACAGCGGUUCGGCGUCACCUAAUCUUGCGCUUCGCAAUUCACAAGCUGGGCCUCAUCGUUGUGAUCGAAUCAACCCAUCGACGGGCAAGCCCUGUAAUUCGAUCUUCUCCCGCCCCUACGACCUUACACGUCACGAGGACACUAUCCACAACAAUCGCAAAAUGAAGGUGCGAUGUCAUCUUUGCUCCGAAGAGAAGACAUUCUCUCGCAAUGACGCAUUGACCCGACAUAUGCGUGUGGUUCAUCCUGAUGUGGAUUGGGUCGGCAAGCAAAAGCGCGAGUCAAGCAAGCAAUGA